AUGGCCAGAAAAAAGGCAAAAACAAGGGGGAGCUACCAAAAAAAUGACCCCUCAGUAAUGGAGCAGGCGGUAAAAGCUGUACAAUCGGGGGCGCUGUCUUUAAGAAAAGCCGCGGAGAAGUUUAAUGUCCACAAGUCAACUUUGCACGACAGAGUGACGAAACGAGUUACUCUCGAUGCAAAGCCUGGGAGAAAGCCUGUGCUCUCGAACGAAAUUGAAAAAAGAAUUAUAAAAAAUGUUACUGAAAGUGCUGAGAAGGGUUUCGGUAUAUCAAGAAAACAACUCCUUCAUCGAGCUGCUGUUCUUUGUAAAAGGAACAAAAUUACAGGUUUCAAAAACUUCACACCAUCUAAACACUGGUGGGAAGGUCUGAAAAAAAGGCACCCCGAGGUUGCGUUAAGGAAGCCAGAAAAGCUCGGCACAGUACGUGCAAGAAUGCUUAAUGGCUGUGUAGUAGAAAAGUAUUUCGCAGACCUAUCUAAAAUAGUUGUUAACCCUGGUUUGCAAGAGAAACCAGAAAAUAUAUGGAACUGCGACGAAACCGGCAAGCAGUUAGAGCACACGCCCGUCAAUGUCAUUGCCAGACGUGGCAGCAAAUCUGUUGUUGGCCGCACUGGCAAUGACAGGUCAAAUAUUACAAUCAUGGCCUGCGUAAAUGCCACUGGGGAUUCCAUGCCCCCUAUGCUUAUAGUGAAGGGCAAGACUAAAAAGUCUUUAUUCGGCUUCAACACAGCCGAGUCUCCCCAAAAUUCAGUUUGGACAUACAAUGAAAAGGCUUGGAUGAAUGAGGAGUUGGGGGAACAGUGGUUUCGGGAGGUUUUUCUAGCGCACUGUGGCCCCGUGAGACCCCAACUUCUCAUUCUGGAUGGCCACGGAUCUCACGAAACACUCGGCUUGCUAGAACUUGCAGCGGAGGAAAAUAUACAUAUAUUAGCACUACCUCCCCAUACCACUCACUUUUUGCAACCCCUAGACAGAACUGUAUUCGGUCCGUUCAAUAAGGCGUACAACAGGGUUUGUUCUGAAUUUUUGUCUGAAAAUCCGAGUAACUUAAUAAACAAAUGGACGUUUCCAAAAAUGUUUUCUAAAGCAUGGGAGGCUGCAAUUACGAAAGAAAACAUCCAGAGUGGCUUCAGGGCCUGUGGGAUCUACCCACUCAAUCCCCAUGCGAUUCCGACAUCGGCAUAUUUACCGAGCUCAGCUUACGAGACAAGCAUGCCCGUUGCGGAAACACCAGCAGCUUUAGGGAGACCGCCAUCUCCAAGUGCCGCCGACAAUGAAAAUAUUCCAAGCAUCAAUAUGCCCAUCCCGCCAUAA